CCAUUGAUACUUGUUGGCGAAAGAACCCGAAUUGGAUGAAACAAAGAGAAGAGCUCGCAAAAUGCUCGAAGGGAUUUGCCGGAAAAAUGUACAACAACUUCGGAAAAGGCUUGACAUACUAUGUUGUCACCGAUCCUAGAGAUGAUCCGAUUAACCCUAAGAAGGGAACUCUUAGGUAUGGAGUCACCAUGGUGUCCGGAAAAGUAUGGAUCUCGUUUUCGAGAGAUAUGGACAUUAAGCUUGCAAGGACAUUGCUUAUCGGAAGCUAUACCACCAUCGAUGGGCGUGGUGCUACUAUCAAUCUUUCUAAUGCAGGCCUCAUGCUCUACAAUGUUACUGAUGUCAUCAUCCAUGGCUUAAGAAUCCACGGCGUUGUACCCCAACCAGCCAGCCAACUAAUGGCACCUGGCGGAAAGCUAACUUCUUUGAGCCAGAUUGACGGAGAUGCCAUCAGGCUGCUCAGUGCGAAAAAAGUAUGGAUCGAUCACAAUACCCUCUCCAAGUGUGAGGAUGGUCUGAUUGAUGUAACCCUUGGCUCAACCAGCAUAACCAUAUCGAACAACUGGUUCCGUGACCAUGACAAAGUCAUGCUUCUAGGUCACAAUGAUGAUUACGUAGAUGAUAAGAACAUGAAGGUUACCGUCGUCUACAACCGCUUCGGACCCAAUUGCCACCAACGCAUGCCUAGAGUUCGUCACGGUUAUGCUCAUGUGGCUAACAAUUUAUACUUAGGAUGGGAAGUUUAUGCCAUUGGAGGAAGCUCAAACCCUAGUAUCAAGAGUGAUCAUAACCUAUUUGUUGCCCCCAAGGGUAAAUCAAAAGAGGUCAUAAUGAACAUCAAGGGAAAAGGAAAAUGGUUUUUUAGAUCUGUUGGGGAUGUACUAGAGAAUGGAGCCUCUUUCAAGGAAAGCGUUGAAGGCUUUGUAAAGCCAAACUACAGCGUUGAUGAGGCGUUUCAAGUGGCAAGUGGUACAAUUGUGAGGAAACUAACAAGAUCAGCUGGAGCUCUAAAAUGCAAAGGAGGAUCAAUAUGCUAA